AUGGAAUCCAAAUAUGUGUGUCAUUCACACAAUAUAUUUAACUUGUCUUCGAGAAUCGCUUUACACAUCAACUUUAUUCUGCUCUUAAUCAUAAGAGCGAAUUACACGUUAGCCCACUGUAGAGGUCAUGAGACCCAAACAUUUAUAACAACACAUAACAAUUACAAUUCAUCACCAUUGUAUGCUAGUACUCAAUCUAAUGUUACGAAGAAGGAAUUAAUCGCCGAAGUUGCAAGUGAUCUGGGGAAGACACAGAAGGAAGUUGCAGCCGUUGUUGACACAUUUAUUCAACACCUGGUCGAUAAGAUGGAACAGAAUAAACAGGUCAUGAUACCUAAAUUUGGAGUCUUUUCCAACUCGCUUAGAGGUGAACGUAAAAUGCGUAAUUUGCAAACAGGUGAAAUUUUUACCGCUCCUCCAGUGCACGUACCAAUCUUACGUUUCUACGAUACCCUAAAGGAUAAAGUGAAUGAAAGCAUUAGAAAGGGUAAGCGUGGAUAA